CCACUUAUGAGCUCAGCGCUAUUGACUAUUUCGAUACAAAAAAUGUGCACGCUUUCAGCUAGUCACUACCUCGUCGUGAUGAAGACUUUGAACAGCUAAUCUCCGAUCGCAAUUCAAUGUGCUGUGUCGUUGUUCCUCACACACGCCUCAGUUCUAUUUUCAAGCACGGGUUUAAUCACAACUUGGUUCACGUAAAAGCAAAAACCAAAAAGACGUGAAACGAUUGUAAGACGUGUGAUGAUAAUCACCAAAGAAUUUUUGGCCAGUGUUUGAUUAAAUCAACCCCCAUUUUUAGCGUCAGAGCCAUCUAAGAGUGGCGCCUUAAUGUAGUUGCAUUCUGUGAAAAUAACUGGUGUAACACUGCGGUCAACCGGCAAGUUAGUCUGCUCAUCGAUCUGACUUGUUUGGCUUGACUGGUUUACCUUGCUAAGAUUAAUUCACAAAGAAGAAUAUACAGAUAUUUUAAAUACCCAACACCUUCAGAGAACAAGAAAAAGGUGGAAUGGAAGAAGUCGUUCAUCAACAAGAAACAGUCAGUCAUCACGAUCCUCCGGUUUUGAAAGGUGAUCAUGGUGUAUUGAUUUCUGAACAUGAAAAACACAAACUGUCACAUGAUGCUGUUCAUAAGGCACAUAAAGGGCAUGAAUCCAUGCACGCACAGAUGCUUCUUAUCCUGAUGGUUACCGUAUUGGUGGCUCAAGUUGUUCUUGUUGAAUGGAGAAAGAGGCAUUUCAGAUCCUAUCAAGGUGCUACUUUGGCUGCUAUGUGGGUGAUUCCCCUAGUUUUAUGUAUCAGGAGCUACUGGUGGCGCUUUGUCUUUUUCUGGCUCCUUUUUUCAAGCAUUUCAUCUCUAGUCUUGCGGAAAGCUCUUGAGAAACCUUUGCACGGUUCCACUCCUCGUUUAGUUUACAAAUGGUUCUACUUUCUGCACCAAAUUAGUUGUGGGUUGGGAAUAAUAGGGUAUACUAUUAUCAUGGCAACCUUUAUGGGACUUAACCUGAUAUUUGGAGCUCUUCCCGCCACCUGGAUGGACUGUGGCAUCUUGCUUUUAUUCUAUGGUUUGUACUAUGGAGUUCUCGGUCGUGAUCUAGCCGAAAUUGCUGCUGAAACAAUGGCCUCAAAUGCUGGUUUUUACACUCCUGCGGGAACAAUUCCUAACCGCUCACUUGAUCCUAACGUUUGCGCUGUUUGUGGAAAUCGACUACUGCUUAAAGCUGAAGAAGAAGCCAUUAUCGAAAAAACUUGCCGCCUCUCUUGCAAUCACGAGUUUCACGAGUUCUGCAUUCGCGGUUGGUGUAUAGUAGGCAAGAAACAGACCUGCCCUUACUGUCGCGAGAAAGUGGAUUUGAAAAAAAUGUUUUGCAACCCGUGGGAACGUCCGCACGUCUUGUACGGGCAACUUUUAGACUGGAUCCGAUGGCUCGUUGCAUGGCAGCCACUUAUCCUUUUGCUAGUACAAGGCAUUUCGUGGACCCUUGGACUUGAAUAGAUUUAUUGGGAUUUUUUUAAUAGCUUAGUUAUAUUUUCAUCUCUCCUGUUAAAAUUCAGUCAGUGCUGAUGUGAAAAACUUGAUCAAGGACGCCACUCAACUGCGUGCCAGGGAAUAUUAAGUUGUUUCAUGUUGACCGCCAAAUCCAUCAAAUAAUCAUAACAUUCACACCUACACCAAACGAACGAUUAGAUCAUUUAAAUAAAUUCACGGAUUCAUGACGGAAA